AUGCUCAUUAUAGGCACCAUAUGCUUAAUAAUCUACGUACAUGCUGUGUCUGCGGAAUGCAAUAUUGUUGAUCGUAAAACCUAUCUCAAAGAAACGUUCUCAUUGUACAAUGCCUUGUUCUCAAACUAUAGUGCCAAACUUCCGGCUGUCGCAAUGCAAGAAAUAAACUCAACAAUAAACACGGCUGCAAACUUGACAGUUUUCGACGUUUCACUUAAUCUUGUUUAUAUGAAACUCGUCCAGAUAGUUGAGCCAGAACAAAAGGCAGAGUUCCUUUUUGAGUACGCUGUGAACUGGAGAGAUGAGCGCCUCGAAUGGGAUCCCAAAGAUCAUUGCGGAAUAGAGUUUAUGUAUGUAGCUGCUUCAGAGGUGUGGAUUCCCGAAAUUACCAUCGUUGAUUCGCACUCUUCCGAGGACUACCGAGAUGAUUACAAGAAAUUUAUAUGGGUUGGUUUUGAAACGCAUCAAGGACCCAAACUAAAUUGCAUUUUCUCUCUUCUAUUUCAGUUGAACGCUACAGGUCAUCUCACUUUCUUUGUACCAACACGCACGGCGACGGUGUGUACUAUAAACGUACAAAAUUUCCCGUUUGAUCAUCAAGAAUGCGCGAUCAGUAUCAUGACUCAGACAUUUUCUGCACAUGAAUUAAGAAUCAGACUUGGUCUUAUACCCGCAUUA